AUGCCUUCAAUGCCUACACUAUUCCCGCGGAAAGAAAACAAGGACGCCCCUCCGGAUUGGGAGACCGCCCUGAUCAGUGGCUUAACUGCCGUUAUAGUCCUAGCUAUGGUCGUCUGCGCCGCCUUUUCUUGGCGCUGUUGCAAUUUUUCGUCCGGCGCCAACAAAUGCUCCUUCCGCCCAGAAAAUGGUGCUCCCUCGAAGUGGCUCAUCGACCUUUGUGCGGGCCAAGAACUCUCAAACAGCCUUCUAAAGUGUAAGGCCGUGCUUAUUGUGGAGGCUGCGGCUGCCGGCGGCCCGCCGCUGUCGUUGCGGGCGCUGCCGCUGGCGUUCCCGGCCCCGCUGCUCCCCGAAGGCCCGCAAGGUCAAGAAGGGAAAGGGCCGCGCGAAUGCUAA